AAAGGCAUUGCAGUGGAUGAGAAUUAGACGAACGGAUGAAUAAAAUGAUAAACGAAACGAAAACGAAUGGAAUCAGUGAAGAGACGAUAAGUGAUAAUGAAGAAGAAGAAGAAGAGGAAGAAAGACAUCGUACAUCUUCAUUCCUCCGAUUGUUAAAUGCUCCGAGAAAUUCCAUGUGCAAUGCCAACACCGUUCACAGUAUCUCAUCGUUCCGAUCGGACCAUCUUUCUCGUAAAUCAACACAUAAAUUUCUCGAUAAUCCAAAUUUGUUUGCAAUUGAAUUAACUGAAAAACUAUCACCUCCAUGGAUUGAGAACACAUUUGAGAAACGAGAAUGUAUUCGAUUCGCAGCUUUACCAAAGGAUCCAGAAAGAUGUGGAUGUGGAAGACCACUGUCAGCUCAUACACCAGCGUCUACUUUCUUCAGCACACUUCCAGUACAUUUAUUAGAAAAAGAACAACAAACUUGGACGAUUGCCAAUAAUACACAGACAUCAACUACUGAUGCAUUUGGAACUAUUGUGUUUCAAGGUGGAGCACAUGCACAUAAAGCACAAUAUGUGAGAUUAUCAUAUGAUUCUGAACCAUUGGAUGUCAUGUAUUUGAUGGAAAAAGUUUGGGGAUUGGAAGCCCCAAGACUUGUUAUUACAGUUCAUGGAGGAAUGAGCAAUUUUGAACUAGAAGAGCGUCUUGGUCGACUUUUUCGAAAAGGAAUGCUCAAAGCUGCUCAAACAACGGGAGCAUGGAUUAUUACAAGUGGGCUUGACAGUGGAGUCGUUCGGCACGUGGCAAAAGCGUUAGAUGAAGCUGGAAUUUCAGCCAGGAUGAGAUCACAAAUUGUAACGAUUGGAAUUGCUCCGUGGGGAGUUAUCAAGAGAAAAGAGAGGCUUAUAAGACAAAAUGAGCAUGUCUAUUAUGAUGUUCACUCGUUGUCUGUAAAUGCAAAUGUUGGAAUUUUGAAUGAUCGGCACUCAUACUUUCUGUUAGCAGACAAUGGAACUGUUGGACGGUUCGGAGCAGAUCUCCAUCUUCGUCAAAAUCUGGAAAACCACAUUGCGACGUUUGGUUGUAAUGGUCGAAAAGUUCCAGUUGUGUGUACAUUAUUAGAAGGAGGAAUCAGUUCAAUUAAUGCAAUUCAUGAUUAUGUUACUAUGAAACCUGAUAUUCCUGCUAUUGUCUGUGAUGGUAGUGGAAGAGCUGCAGAUAUAAUUUCAUUUGCUGCCAGAUAUAUCAACUCUGAUGGAACGUUCGCAGCGGAAGUCGGAGAAAAACUUCGAAAUUUAAUAAAAAUGGUAUUUCCGGAAACGGAUCAAGAAGAAAUGUUCAGAAAAAUCACAGAAUGCGUUAUUCGUGACGAUCUUCUGAGGAUUUUUAGAUAUGGACAGGAGGAGGAGGAAGACGUUGAUUUUGUUAUUUUGAGUACUGUCCUUCAGAAACAGAACUUGCCGCCUGAUGAGCAGUUAGCACUGACAUUAUCAUGGAAUCGAGUCGAUUUGGCAAAGAGUUGUCUAUUCUCAAACGGAAGAAAAUGGUCAAGUGAUGUGCUGGAAAAAGCAAUGAAUGAUGCAUUGUACUGGGAUCGAGUGGAUUUUGUCGAAUGUCUGUUAGAAAAUGGAGUUUCCAUGAAGAAUUUUCUAUCAAUAAACCGACUUGAAAACCUAUACAACAUGGAUGAUAUAAAUAGUGCUCAUUCUGUAAGGAAUUGGAUGGAAAACUUUGAUUCAAUGGAUCCACACACUUAUUUAACAAUUCCAAUGAUUGGACAAGUAGUCGAGAAAUUGAUGGGAAAUGCAUUCCAGUUGUAUUAUACAUCGAGAAGUUUUAAAGGAAAAUAUGAUAGAUACAAAAGGAUUAAUCAGAGCAGUUAUUUCCAUCGAAAACGAAAAAUAGUACAAAAAGAGCUGUUCAAGAAGAAAUCAGAUGAUCAGAUUAAUGAUAAUGAGGAAGAAGACUUUAGUUUUGCAUAUCCAUUUAAUGAUCUUUUGAUAUGGGCGGUACUUACAAGUAGGCAUGGAAUGGCUGAAUGUAUGUGGGUUCAUGGAGAAGAUGCUAUGGCAAAGUGUCUCUUAGCUAUCAGAUUGUACAAAGCAACAGCGAAAAUUGCCGAAGAUGAAUAUCUUGAUGUGGAAGAAGCGAAACGACUUUUUGAUAAUGCUGUAAAAUGUCGAGAAGAUGCUAUUGAGCUGCUCGAUCAAUGUUACAGAGCAGAUCAUGAUCGGACGCUGAGACUUUUACGAAUGGAACUUCCACAUUGGGGAAAUAAUAACUGUUUGUCAUUGGCAGUAUUAGCCAACACAAAAACGUUUCUAGCACAUCCAUGUUGUCAAAUCCUACUUGCUGAACUAUGGCACGGCUCUCUUAAAGUCAGGUCGGGAUCAAAUGUUCGUGUUUUAACGGCUCUCAUCUGUCCACCUGCAAUCCUUUUUAUGGCUUAUAAACCAAAACAUUCAAAAACAGCUCGUUUAUUGUCUGAAGAGACUCCAGAACAGUUACCGUAUCCCCGUGAAAGUAUUACAAGUACAACUUCAAAUAGAUAUCGAUACUCAAAAGGACCUGAAGAACAGAAAGAAACUUUACUAGAAAAAGGAAGUUAUACAAAGAAAGUUACAAUUAUCUCAUCGAGAAAGAAUUCUGGAGUUGCAAGUGUAUAUGGAUCAGCAUCUUCAAUGAUGUUCAAAAGGGAACCACAAUUGAAUAAAUUCGAACGAUUUCGAGCAUUCUAUUCAUCACCGAUCACAAAAUUCUGGUCAUGGUGCAUUGCUUUUUUGAUAUUUCUGACAACACAAACAUGUAUUUUGCUAUUGGAAACUUCAUUAAAACCUUCGAAAUAUGAAUGGAUUACAUUUAUUUAUACUGUGACGCUUUCCGUGGAGCAUAUUCGAAAGUUGAUGACAUCAGAAGGUUCAAGGAUAAAUGAAAAAGUCAAAGUAUUCUAUGCAAAAUGGUAUAAUAUAUGGACAUCAGCUGCGUUGUUAUUCUUUCUUGUUGGUUAUGGAUUCCGUUUGGUUCCAAUGUACAGGCAUUCUUGGGGAAGAGUACUUCUCAGUUUUAGUAACGUUCUUUUUUAUAUGAAGAUAUUUGAGUAUCUGUCUGUCCAUCCAUUACUUGGUCCUUAUAUUCAAAUGGCUGCAAAAAUGGUAUGGUCAAUGUGCUACAUUUGUGUACUUCUUCUUGUUCCACUCAUGGCUUUUGGUGUGAAUCGACAAGCAUUAACUGAACCAAAUGUAAAGGAUUGGCAUUGGUUACUUGUCAGAAAUAUCUUCUAUAAACCAUAUUUCAUGUUAUACGGUGAAGUGUACGCAGGAGAAAUUGAUACAUGUGGAGAUGAAGGAAUUCGUUGUUUUCCUGGAUAUUUUAUUCCACCUCUUCUGAUGGUCAUUUUCCUUCUUGUUGCAAAUAUUCUGCUUCUCAAUUUACUCAUUGCAAUUUUCAAUAACAUUUAUAAUGAUUCAAUCGAAAAAUCGAAAGAAAUUUGGUUGUUCCAGCGAUAUCAGCAACUUAUGGAAUACCAUGACAGUCCAUUCCUUCCACCACCAUUCAGUAUUUUUGCUCAUGUUUAUCAUUUCAUAGACUAUCUCUACAAUCUCCGAAGGCCCGACACAAAACGUUUUCGAUCUGAACAUUCUAUCAAAUUAAGUGUAACUGAAGACGAAAUGAAACGGAUACAAGAUUUUGAGGAAGAUUGUAUUGACACAUUAACAAGGAUACGAAAACUUAAACUGAAUACCAAAGAACCUUUGAGUGUAACUGAUUUAACUGAAUUGACAUGCCAACGGGUUCAUGAUCUAAUGCAGGAAAAUUUCCUUCUCAAGAGUCGUGUAUAUGAUAUUGAGACAAAAAUUGAUCACAUUUCAAAUUCUAGCGAUGAAGUUGUGCAGAUUCUCAAAAAUAAGAAGUUAUCGCAGAAUUUCGCAGCGUCAAGUUUAUCACUUCCAGAUACUUCGAUUGAAGUUCCAAAAAUCACAAAAACCCUGAUCGAUUGUCAUUUGUCUCCAGUGUCAAUUGAAGAUCGUCUCGCUACUCGAUCACCACUUCUGGCAAAUCUUCAAAGAGAUCAUACUCUUCGUAAAUAUGAUGAUGCAAACUUCCAACCUGGGAAACUUCAACGGCGAGCACGUCUUCAUUCGAGUUCGUGUUCUAUUUCACAAGACAUGAAGGAAAUGAAAACAAGUAUGAGUUCAAGAAACUUGAAAAGGGAGGAUUCUGGAGAAAUAACUACGUCAUCUCAUGGAGGUUAUGAUUCGGAUGUUUCUGGUCCCGAUUAGUCUAAAUUCUGGAAAAAGAGUAUAACUGGUUUUAGAUGUGUAAAUAUUAUAUAGUUUUCGAAUUGAAUCGCCUAGGUAUUGCUUUUUUGGUAAUAGUUUGUUUUGCAAAAACUAUUGCGUCGAAUAAAAAAGUUUAAUUUGAUAAUUA